UACUGUGAGAGCUGUAAUUGGUCACAGCUUGUCACAUGGUACAAGGCUGUUGUGAAAAGCCUUGUACCAUGUAACCUCUUUGAUCAUUCACAGAUUUCACAAGUAGUAAGCAAUGAUGUCAGAAGUGACAUCUUGCUUACUACUACUACUAUUCAUGUGAUUAUUGAUUGGUCCGGGUAGGGGGAGUGUGCCCCGCCAUUUGUGGCCUCGACUGUCAAUCACCGGGUCCGGCUGGUGACUCCCCGGUGAUCUCUGAGAAUUACUGAGGGGGGAGAGACCUGUGUGUAAACAACACAGAUCUCUCCCCUGUCAGCUCUGCACACUGCUUUGUA